AUGAGUCCCUGGAGCUGGUUCCUGCUGCGCACCCUCUGCCUCCUGCCGGUGAGCUCUGGCCCUCCGUGCAGCGUGCCCGCCUCUGCUAACUGCGAGCUCAAACCCCCAAAUAAGGCGCGCGGUAGGCGCGGACGCUGCAGCCUCCUGGCACCUCCCGGGGGAUGGGGUGGUUACCUCCCAUCCUCGCCAAGCUCCGCGCUCUCGAACCCCGAGCCGACUCGGCAGGCCAGGCUCCCACCUGCCUUGGCGGUUCCUCCUAUCUCACACUUCUCGCCGCGCCCCCGGUUCCUCUUUCCGGUGGGGGCGCAGCCCUCCGGCCACACGAGACUCUCUCCCCCAGCCCUGCCGUCUGUCAACCGAAGGGAGUCUCGGGCCAGAUCUCCUGAGUCUCGCCAGCCUGCUUCGCUGGAGAUUGGGGCUCGAACCUGCGAAGACCCGGUGGGCCCGGAACUUGGGCUCCUUUACUUUGAAGUUUGUUCUGCCCGCUCUUCCGUAGCGUUUCAUUUCUGCUCUUACGGAAAUGGUAACAAGCCCGCAGCAGUUGCUUGA